UUGAAUGCAAAAUUUUAUUUCCUGAAAUAAUUAUAAUGUAAUGGGAUGCCAAUUAUAAUACACAAAAAUUAACGAUGACAAAUUUUUUAUUUAGAAUGAGACUAGAUAUAUGUUUGCUCUAUCUCUUGACAUUAUUUUCAUUCUUACAGGCAGCAUCACAAGACACAAGUUUUGAAGAUGUAAGAUGCAAAUGUGUUUGUCCUAAACUGAAUGAAGUUAACUCCACACAAGAUCGAACAGUGUACAUUAGUGCUAAUGUUAAUCCUAACAUGUGUACCUGUGUAGAGGUGGUAAAACAUGCUUCACCGAAAUUAUGUGCACAGUGUGAAUGUAAAUAUGAAAGUAGAAAUACAACUACAAUAAAGGUAGUAGUCAUCUUUACCAUAUGUGUGGUGUCACUGCUGUUUGUUUAUAUGGUAUUCUUGUUCCUGUUGGAUCACCUAGUGUCAUGGAGACCAUCGUCAUAUCAACAACACAUCAGUGAGGAGGUGAAUUUGCACAAUGAGAUUCCAUAUAUUACACAUCAUGACGAAGAGGAUGAACACUCUGUGACGUCUGCUACACCAGUAGUGUCAAGGGCAGAGUUGACCAGACAAAGGUCAAUCAUUAACCGUAUGACAGAUGAACAGAAAAGAUGGAAGGGAACUGUGAAGGAACAGAGACGAAAUAUUUACGAUAAACAUUCCAUGUUAAAUUAAUAAUCACGAGACUAAGUAGGACUGAAAUAAAUGGAAUUUUAUGAUGAAAAUAUCUGUUAGAUUGCCUGCAAUUAUGCAUGAUAUUUAUAAAUAUCUUAAAGAAAUAAAUACAUCGAUUAUGAAUAUUCUGCCAUUUAAGGAAAGUUUAAGCGUACAGAAUACAUUUGAUGUCCCACACAGUCAUGCUAAAAGGGAUUGUUUUGGAAACCCCAUUAAAAGGUCCAAAUUUGUGCUCAGUUGAUGUCUAUCUAAGAAUAGUCCCUAAACUCAAACGUGGAAUAUUACUAUGAUAAAUUUUAAAAUGAGUUAAUAACAGAUUUGUUGUGCUUAGAUUAAUUGUGUAAUGGAUAUAUAUUGAAGUACAUAUAACAGGUUCUGAACCAUUGUUAGAAAUAUGUUAUGUUUUUUUAAAUGCCAGGCAAAAAAUUUAUUUGUUUGAGGCAAGAAAUAAAUUUAUUAAUUUUUGUGUAUAGUUAAAUAUUAAGUUUUAAGAAGAACAAUCUGAAUUAAGGGGUCAAAUAUUGUGAAGAGAAAUGAUUGUGUAUGAGAAACCAAUAGAAACACAUAACAGUUGGAUAUACAUUUCUCUCUAGUAAGGGGUUAAACUUAGAAAAAUAUUGAAAUUCAAAUAUGAGUAAAUUAAGAUUAUAUUAAUUAUACCAUACAUUCCAUAUAAUGUGUCAAAUGUUUUUAUUAAUUUAUUUUAAGUGUGUAAAUAAAUGUUUGUUUUGCAUGAUGUGAAAUGUAUACUUGCUUGAAGUAAAGAAAUGGAACAUUUUAUGAUAAUUCAAAGUUUCUAUUAACAAACUAUACAACAAAUGAAUUUAAGGAAGUUUGCUACUCAGUUUCAAAAUAACAAGAUUUUCAUAACACUAUUAUAUAUUGAUAGGGGAUUAAUAAAGGAACAAAAAGAGCAAAAAUAAAAUAUAGGUCAAUGUGCUUGUUUUUGAGAUAUUAGCCAUUGAAAUUUUGGCGGGAAAAUAUUCUCUCUUGAUUUUCAUAGCUUUAUCAUUGACAAGUUAAAGUUCUCAAAAACUAUUAAAACAUAAUUAAGAUUUUAUAAGACUUUUCCAGAUGGCUUAUAAUUAUGCAUAUAAAGAUUUUUAAAAAGAAAAAUGGGGGUCAAUGGGCAAAAUUUUUUAAGGCAUUCAAAUAGAUAAAACCAGAGGAUUCUGAAAAUCUGACAAAAAUUCCAAAACAUGACAAGCAAACUUCCUUAAGAGUACAGAUAGAUAUUAGGAUUUGUAGCAUUGGAUAUCAAAGGUUUCAAUGAACCUUUUAUACUACUUGGAGUUCUUUAUUUUUCAUGGGGAACCAACUUUCGUGGAUUUCACGGGUAAAGGGGAAUAACAAAUUUAAGUGUACAACAGAACAAUUUUCAUUUAAUCUUGUAUGCAAAAUUUUGCAAUACAAUGAAAUCAAGUAUCCAUGAAAAUACAAUUUUUCCUAAAUCCACAGUAUAUGAAGAUUUGCUUAUACUACCAAAAGUUGAUCAAAGAUUUGGAUAAUAAACUUAAAAUUCCUCAGAAUUGGUUUGAUUAAAGUAAAAUUCAUUGUCACAUUAAUCAAACGGAAACAUCCAUGAUGCCAGGCUGUUGUGGUUGUAUAAGUUGUAGUUGAUACAAUGACACAAGGUUUUGUUCUUUCAUCAGAAAUGCCCUAGUUUAUCUUGUGGUACAUCUGACAUUUUACUACUAUCUAACAUCUCUUUAACAUUUUAGUCAAUAUGACCUACAAUUCAUGCAACAGUUACUAUUAUUUUUUCAAAUUUUCAGUAAUUCAGUAUGGUACAUCAUUGAUAUUAAAUUACACUAUCCCAUCUGACAUAGUUUAAGAAAGCCUGGUAUCUUUAUUUAACACAAUAACUUAUCAUUCUCCAAUUUGAUCAUUUCAAUCAAUAGUUUAUAAUUGAGUAAAUUUGAUUAAGUUAAGGGGUUAGGUCAGCAUCUAUGAAACUCUAUGCUGAAUUGCAAUAGGUCAUGUAUAAACUAUAACCCUUUUGUAUAGUACAAAUAAUUUCAGAAACAUUUGAUUGACCUUGACCUUCAAAUGAUUCUAAAUUUACUUUGAUAGAUGCAUUUUAGUGUUUUAAUAUUUCUAAACUGAAGUUCUCAUAUAUGGUAGUUUUGCAGUAUUUUGGUAAUCAUGACCUAUAGGCACAAAUUAUCAGGUAUGAAUGUUUAUUUAUUUUUUCGGAAAAUAAUACAGGUUUUUUUUUAUCAAAACCAACUCUUGUUAGGUAGAUAGGAAACACGGUUGGUAGACUAUAAUAUAUGUAUAGCUAGGAAUUAUCUAUUUAUUCUGUGAUAUUGUAAGUUAUGUUUUAUAAUGUGAUUUUUGUAUUUAAGUUUAAGCUGUUUGUGCAAUAUAACAUCUCUUGUUUGUUAGAGACAGUUAUUGUAAUAGAAAGAUGUGUUGUCUUAGAUUUAAAAUAAAACAGAAUUUUUUUCCAAUGAUA